GACGUAAACGGGGAGGAAGGGAAGGGAGGGAAGGAGGAGGGAGGGACGAUUUCCAGCUCGCCUCAGCUCAGGGUAGGGAAUCGGCCAGGGGUGAAAAAAGGAAGGCGCGACCGUCGGAGAGCGCGCGAGCCCGCAAAACCCUCAGCCUAAGGAGCGGAGAGCCGGAGCCGGAGCGCCCCGGGGAAAAGAACAGAAAAACAAUGAAUGCAUAUAUAUUCAGCUAUUAUUUAAUUCAGUUUUGUGGACAUUCAUGGAUAUUUACCAACAUGUUCAUCAGAUUUCUUUCAUUUGGGGAAGAUUCUGUUGCAGACACUUUCCACUCUAUUGGACUUGGGAUGCGUAUUUGCCAGCUAGCCUCUAUACUAGAGCUUCUGCAUAUUUGGUUUGGCAUUGAGAAGGAUCAGUUUUUCCCAAGAUUCUUACAGAUCACAGAAAGAAUUGUCAUCUUAUUUGUUGCAAUAGCAAGUCAAGAAGAAGUUCAAGGGAAGGGCAUUGUAUGUGUCUUAUUUUUCCUUUGGAGUUGCAUUGAUGUCAUCAGGUACACAUACUGCAUAUUAUUGGAGACAGGGAUAUACUUUCAGGGACUUGCUUGGCUCUACCACUCGCUGUGGAUUCCCUUCUAUCCUCUCUCUGUUUUGGCUCAAGCAUUUGCCAUAUAUGAAUCAUUGCCUCACUUUGAAACCUCAGGCACUUACUCCAUCCGAAUAAUCUUUCCAUUUGAUCUAACUAUUUACUUUCCCUAUGUACUGAAAAUGUACCUGGCAAUGUUAUUUGGGGGUGCAUACUUCAUUAUUCAACAUCUUUAUAUGGAACGGAAGACUUAUCUAGGAAGCAACAACAUCAAAGAGAAAAGAAGCUAACUCAUGACAAAUUUCAUCUUCUAUGAAACAGCCUUUGCAACAAUUACUAAAAUAUCAAGAUCUAGUCAUUUGGAGAUUUCAAAUUUUAAAAAGCAUACUACACUUUCUUAGCAAUUAGAUCGUGGCUCACAGACUUUGUAUACAGAGGCACACCAGGCAAAAUCAAAAGAAUUCCUUGACUGCUUAAAGUUAAACAUUUUCAAUAGCUUCUCAUUAUAUUCAGUGGAAUGCAAAAGCUACGUGCUCUGUUGCUGUUACAGUUAAUGAGAACAUUACCUCAUUUAAAAAGGCAGGAUGUUAUGUACAUGUAUGUACAUAAUCUAUAUAUAUCUAUAUAUCUAUACAUACAUACAU